AUGACCGCCGAAUCUGGUCUAUACAUGCCGGCCGAGUGGUCUCGCCACCGACGAACCUUGACUGCCUGGCCCGACCAGAGCUCCCAGAAUGAUAAAGAGAUUCUUCGGGGCGCCGAGUUGGAUGUCGCGGCCAUUUCCAAUGCCAUUGCCGAAUUUGAGCCCGUCAUGCUGCUUUGCCGACCGAAAAACGUCGCUAGCGCAGAAAAGCUAGUGUCGUCCUCUGUUAAGAUUCAAGAAAUGGAGGUAGAUGAGCUUUGGCUUCGCGAUACAGGCCCUGUUUUUGUCAAAAAUUCUUCAGGCAAGGUUCUGGGCGUCGAUUUCAAUUUCAAUUACUGGGGCGCAAAGUACGCCGGAACCAUUGAUCAAGCGGUUGCAAAAUCGGUCUUGGCCCACGACGCCACCGAGCGAGUGCAGGCGCCAUUGGUUGCUGAAGGUGGCGGCAUUGAGGUCGAUGGCGAGGGCACGCUUCUCAUGACCGAGAGCUCCGUCAUCAACGACAACCGAAAUCCUGGGCAGAGCAAGCAGCAGCUGGAAGAGCAUUUGAAGAUGCUUCUAGGUGUGCAGAAGAUCAUAUGGCUCAAAGGGCUGAAAGGAUACGACAUUACAGAUGCUCAUGUGGAUGCCACUGCCCGCUUUGCAUCGCCCGGGCGCGUCAUCCUAAAUCGGCCCGCCAAGACAGCCAAAAAGGCAUUUGUGGAUGCGUGGGAGGACGACAAGCGAGUUCUGGCCAUGGAAAAGGAUGCCAAAGGCCGAAGUUUGGAGGUUAUCGAGCUUGAGGAGGCGGAUCCCACCAAAUUUGACGGCGACGAGUACGAGACAUGCCUCUCCUAUCUCAACUACCUCCUCGUGAACGGGGGGUUGAUCAUGCCCGAGUUUGGCGACAAAGUUGCGGACGAGAGGGCUUUUGCGCUUCUGCAGCAGGUUUUCCCGGACCGCAAGGUUGUUCAAGACUUCAGCUAUCUUGGCUCCGCAGACUCAUUCCGAUAG